UCAAUUAAUCAAAUAAAAAAAUUAUGAAGUAUAUAAUUUUUUCAUGUCUUCAUAUAAAUUAUUGAAAUUCCAGCUCUCUCCAUCUUUAUCACCAUUUUUUUAAACUCACCGCUGGUUUUACAGAUUUUCCAUAAUACACUCAUUCAAUCUCCCCCAAAAUAGGCAAUACAUGUUUAUGCUUCCAUAAAUUCAUUAUUCUUCUCUGUUCUCCGAGAAAAUUGAGAAGGAACGGUUUUUGAAAUCUGUGUGAGCUUAAGAUAUUGUUUUGGGGUUGACGUCAUCAAGUAUACGACUCCUCACAAUUCAGGCUCCGACAUUUCAGCUUCAGUCUGCAGAAUCAGGAAAUGGUUAACAGGUAUGGAGUGUUUUGAUGCGCGGAGAAUAUCAUGUUGCAGUGCUUAGACGGAUUGAAGCAUUUAUUUGCUUCUGUAUUGCACUGUUGUGAUAUUGAUUUGUGCAAGCAAUCCAGCGGUCUCGAGGAUCCUGAACUUCUUGCAAGAGAGACAGUUUUUAGUGUAAGUGAAAUAGAAGCACUCUAUGAACUCUUCAAGAAGAUAAGCAGUGCAGUGAUAGAUGACGGGCUGAUUAACAAGGAGGAGUUUCAAUUGGCGUUAUUCAAGACAAACAAAAAGGAGAGCUUGUUUGCAGAUCGGGUGUUUGACUUGUUUGAUACAAAGCAUAAUGGAAUUCUAGGUUUCGAAGAGUUUGCUCGUGCUCUUUCUGUCUUCCAUCCAAACGCUCCUAUUGACGAUAAGAUUGACUUCUCUUUCCAACUAUAUGAUCUCAAGCAGCAAGGUUUCAUUGAGAGGCAGGAGGUUAAGCAAAUGGUAGUGGCUACGCUUGCUGAAUCUGGCAUGAACCUUUCAGAUGAUGUUAUAGAAAGUAUAAUUGACAAGACUUUUGAGGAAGCUGAUACAAAACAUGAUGGGAGGAUUGACAAGGAAGAGUGGCGAAGCCUUGUUUUGCGACAUCCCUCCCUUCUGAAAAAUAUGACCCUGCAAUACCUUAAAGAUAUCACGACGACAUUCCCAAGCUUUGUUUUCCACUCGCAAGUUGAUGAUACCUGAAAUCAACAAAUGGAUGAAAGCUUUCAUAUGGCCUACUUCAUUCUAGGCAAUGGUGGCAGAUACAAAUAUAAAUGGGCGGCCAAAGAGUGAGUCUCUGUGAUGUUAUGGUUUAUUGGUUAAAAUUAUUUUUCUUGUGUGCGUCAAUAUUCAACCGUUGAACAUUCUUCUUCUUGUUCUUAGUGUUCUUUUGUUUAUUGGUUAAUUUCAGAUGGUGUUACAGUGUAAAAAAAAAAAAAAAAAAAAAAAUCUGGGUCCAUUUGAAAUUCUUUUUCUAUUAUAACCUAGAAAUUUGGAUGUAAAGUUGAAUAUGGGUGGCAAAUAAACGAAUCAGUAGCAGUUCCAGUGAGACUCCCAUCUUUCUAUUCAAUUGUAAAAUGGGUUGUUCUAAUGGGGAUUUCUGGGUUCUAUUUUCUGUUGAACUGCAAAAUGAGUUUCCCCGAUGUAAUUUUGGGUUUUAUUGUGUUUUUGUUUUGCGUAUUAAAAUAAGCAUCUUGAAAAAAA